GAUGGACGACACAGUUGACUUCUUGCAGACGGUCAAGACCGUCUUUCCGGACAUUCUUGCUGUUUUGUCUGAUGUGGAGAUACGUGUUUUGGAUUCACGUGCCGAUGAGCCGUUCGAUGCCGAAAGUGUGAACACUGAGUUCGUGCAGACGUCCGAAGCUCGUUUUGUGUCGUCACACACUGUGAUGAUGGCUAAGAGCUUGCUGAGAGGAGCACUGGUUGGACCAAGUACUAAAGGGAAGGAGUUAGACAUUGCAAAGCAGGAAAAACUGAUUGAAGCAACUACGAAAGUUCAUGAGAGGAUUAAAGUGAUAAUCGAUGGACGGUUGGAGGCAACCAAGGAGGCUUAUGGUGCUGUUGGUUUGCCACGAGUCAUUCGAUUGGCUCGUAGAUACAAAAUGAGUCCAUCAGAGUCUGAGGUGUUGGUGUACUGCCUUGUCUGUUCUGUAGCUCGUUCUCGACGAGCUUCUGUUCAUCUUAACGAUGCCAAAUUCCUGACCUCUGACACACUUCAAGUGUGUAGAGCAUGUAACAUUGGCAUAACCGAAAUGAUGGACUUCUUGUCGUUGGAAAGGGAGCACAUGCAGCAUGGCCUUUUUCCUGAUGUUAUGCCAAAUUACACACUGCAGUGCAGCCUGACAUAUGACGAGACCGUCUGCAGAACUCUGAUUGGGUGCAAUAUAAAGAGCAGUGAAUUCUUGAAGCUCGAGCAGACGUGCCUGGCUGAUGUAUUGAUAGAGGAGUCAGGUGGUGAGAAAUACAGGAGUGGAGGUGACAUGAGUAAUGCUGCAUUAGCACCAAACACUCAGGAGGACAAGGACAAGGUCGUUACCGAAAACAAGAUUGAAGUCACACAAGAUGAAGAUGUUGUUGACAAACACUCAAAACCAGAAGAAGCAGUUUCUGUACAGGACACCAAGACGACUACCAAUUUGCCACAGGACAACAAUGUGGAUUUAGAUUUUCUGUUGAAACGGGAAAGACAACGCGAGAAAGACUUGGUUGUUGAAAAAGAUACACAAAUUGAGAAAGUAGUGACAGAAGCUGGAGAGGAUGACGCAGCUGAUGAUAGUUUGAAGCCUUACAAAACUGAUCUUGAUUACCUCGAUGACAAUAUACAGUGGGUUGCUCAGAAGCUGAAGCUGAAACAAAUGGAUUCUCGUUUGGAGAUUGAGGAGCAAAUGGGUGAUGAAAUUCACGACACAAGAACUAUUCGUUUAAAGAGGGAAGCACAAUCGAAGUUGAAAGUGCUAGAGAACAAGUGUGCACGCCGGCUUGCUAUGACGAAGCAAACUGGUACUUGGGUGCCACGUUUAGAACGUAUGAUCAGCUCUCGAAAACUGUGUGAAUUUGAGAAAAAGGUUUUGCUUACUUUGAUCAGCAACACUAUUCAGCCAAACAAGAUCAUGCUGUAUCUUGACUAUCAUGGCGGUCAACAUGGUUUCAAAGUAGGAGAUUUGCUUCGACUUUUCUGCUCUGAUUUGGCUACUCAGAUCAAAAGUCGAGUGUAUUUCUACAAAACGGCAUCAUUAGUACGUGAAGGCAUGAUCAUUGUUCAUGCGUCUGGCUUGUCGGGUGAUCCAACCGGAGCCAAAGUUGAAAUCGAUCGACGCAUGCUCGAUUUUUGCGUUGGUCUUGAUACCGAGUUUUCUGAAAUUGUUGAAGGCUCUCAUCUCUAUUAUCCCAAAACAAAGUUUGAAUCGGUGAUCGUGAGUCAGGAGCAGAAGGAUCUUAUUAUGAGCACCGUUAGCAAUUUUGAGUCAUACAAAAUCUGUCGCAAACGGUUUGGUUUGGAUGACGCUAUUACGUACGGUGCAGGUAUGGUCAUGUUGUUUCACGGUCCACCUGGAACUGGAAAAACCAUGAUGGCCAAUGCUCUUGCCAACAAGCUUGAAAAGAAAGUGCUGCUCAUUAAUUUUCCUAGUCUCGGUUCAAUGACGGCUGGCGAGAAUUUCAAAUUUAUAUUUCGAGAGGCAAAGAUCAAUGAUGCCAUUCUGUUCUUUGACGAAUGCGAAGGCAUCUUUGAAACGAGAGAGAAAGGGGGUCACGACAUCAACAUGUUACUGACGGAGAUUGAACGUCACGAUGGUCUCAUUAUCUUGGCAACAAACAGGCCAUAUGAUCUAGAUGAGGCAAUGCAUAGGCGAAUUAUGCUUGCCAUUGAAUUUCGCAAACCAGACCAUCUUCUAAGAAGAAGCAUUUGGGAGUCACACAUUCCAGAAUUGAUGCCACUGGCAGAGAAUGUUAAUACAACUGAGUUGGCUUUGAAGUUUGAGCUCAGUGGUGGGUUCAUUAAGAAUGCUGUGCUGUCUGCUCUCUCACUGGCUGUAUCUCGAGAUGGUAAUAGCCCAGUCGUGCGGCAAGACGACUUGCUGCAAGGUGCCAUCUUCCAGCUGAGAGGUCAUCUCAGAAUGAAGGAAUUUGAUCGACGUGUCGUUCCUGUAUGUGGACUAGAUGAAGUACUGGUAGAUGACGAUUUGGCGAAGUCGUUGCGAGAGCUUGUAUCAUUUGAAAAAGCCAGAUCAGUCUUGUUUGGACAAUGGGGAUUUGGCAAGCGAAUGAUGGAGGGUGUGACUGCUUUGUUUCAUGGUCUCCCUGGCACUGGCAAAUCGCUAGCUGCUGAAGCAGUCGGAUAUGAAGUUGGCCGUGCUCUAAAAGUGGUAAACAGUGGAGAGCUGUUGAGCAAAUGGGUUGGAGAAAGUACCAAGAAUAUCGAUGCCAUUUUUGAAGAUGGACGCGACUCUGAUGCUAUACUUGUAUUUGAUGAAGCCGAAGGUCUCUUUGGGACAAGAACUGAAAUGAGCUCGUCUACUGACCGAUAUGCCAACGUCGACGUCAGUGUUUUGUUGUAUCAUAUUGAGCGCUAUCCAGGCAUCGUCAUACUCACUACGAAUCUCAUCGACAACAUCGACAAAGCCUUUUUCAGACGCCUGAAAUUUAUUCUUCACUUUAGAACUCCAUCACGCUCUCUGCGACGUGAUUUGUGGAAGCUUCUCAUACCUUCGGAGGCUCCCAUUGCUGACGACAUUGAUUUUGAAGAGCUAAGCUAUUUCGAGAUGAAUGGUGGUGAUGUGAAAAGUGCCGUCUUUAGAGCCGCAUCACGAGCUGCUCUCAGGGCUGAUGACACUCGGAAAAUUACCAUGAAAGAUUUGCAAGAAGCUGCCAAAGAAGAACUAAACAAGACUUCAGGAAGACCAGGGUUUCGUCGUCAGGACUCUCAGCAGACAGCAAUGUACAGUUGAGGCAGAAUUAUUCAAAGACAAUGUUUGUAUUCAAGCAGUGGAGCAGGCUUUUACGUUUUUAUUGUAUGAAAUUUAGCUGAGACAUGUUGUCUUACUGAUUUUGUUUAGUGCAGGUGCAGCAAACUUGAGUUGUUUCUAUUAUUUUGCAAAUGAGAAUGUCUAUCUUGUAGCAGUUAAAGUGGAUUAGAGUUGUACCGUUUGCUUUAUUCA